UUGCCAUGGUGCCGCGGGAUCUGUCGAUAAAGUCUCGAGUUAGCGUGUCCUACGCGAGUCUCUGUACCUUGUGGGAAAGGGCUUCCUCUUCUCGUCCUCCGCCUCCCACCUCGCGGUGGCACCCCGCGGCCCAAGAAGAGGAAGAACAAGAGUGCUGUGCGCCCUACUCAGGUUGUUGUGAAGACUGAAUGAGUUAAUACACGCAAACCGAGCCAGUCCAUCGCCGCCGUCGCCGCCGUCGCCGCCGCCAUGGCUCAAUACAAGGGUGCCGCCAGCGAGGCGGGCCGCGCCAUGCACCUCAUGAAGAAACGGGAGAAGCAGCGCGAGCAGAUGGAGCAGAUGAAGCAGAGGAUUGCUGAGGAGAACAUAAUGAAGUCCAACAUUGACAAGAAGUUCUCUGCUCACUACGACGCCGUGGAGGCCGAGCUCAAGUCCAGCACUGUGGGUCUUGUGACCCUGAACGACAUGAAGGCUAAGCAGGAGGCGCUGGUGAAGGAGCGGGAGAAGCAACUCGCCAAGAAGGAGCAGUCGAAGGAGCUGCAGCUGAAGCUGGAGAAGCUGCGAGAAAAGGAGCGCAAGAAGGAGGCCAAGCGGAAGAUCUCCAGCUUGUCCUUCACCCUGGAGGAAGAAGAGGAGGCAGGCGAGGAGGAGGAGGAGGUGGCUGUGGACGAGGAGGAGCUGGAAAGGGAAGAGAUCACCACAAAGAAGAGGAAAAUGGGGAAGAACCCAGAUGUGGACACAAGUUUCUUGCCUGACCGAGACCGGGAGGAGGAGGAGAAUCGGCUCCGGGAGGAGCUACGGCAAGAGUGGGAAGCCAAGCAAGAGAAGAUUAAGAGUGAGGAGAUUGAGAUCACCUUCAGCUACUGGGAUGGCUCUGGGCACCGGCGCUCAGUCAAGAUGAAGAAGGGCAACACGAUGCAGCAGUUCCUGCAGAAGGCACUUGAGAUCCUGCGCAAAGACUUCAGCGAACUCAGAUCGGCAGGCGUCGAGCAGCUCAUGUACAUCAAGGAGGACUUAAUCAUACCUCACCACCACAGCUUCUACGACUUCAUCGUCACCAAGGCUCGAGGGAAAAGUGGGCCCCUCUUCAGUUUUGACGUUCAUGAUGAUGUGCGGCUGCUCAGUGACGCCACUGUGGAGAAGGAUGAGUCGCAUGCCGGCAAGGUGGUGCUGCGGAGCUGGUACGAGAAAAACAAGCACAUCUUCCCCGCCAGCCGCUGGGAGCCCUACGACCCAGAGAAGAAGUGGGACAAGUACACGAUCCGAUGAUGUGGCGGCAGUGUGGCCCCGGCUCCCUGCGGUCCCCUCCUCUGGUCCCCAGGACUCCGGGUGCCCGGCUCCCUCCCUGCUCUUAAGAUGGGAUCGGACCUGCUCAGCCCCUGCCCUGGCGCUGUUGUUUCUUGCCUCUUUCUUUCAUGACACUUGGAGCACCCGAUGUGUAUUUUGUCUAAAAGCUUUUUUUGAUCGAGCUAAAAUUCACUUAAAAUGAAAUUCACCGUUGUGAUCAUGUCAAAGUACACCACACAGGGGUAUUGCGUACAUUCACGGUGUUGUGAAUCACUCCUGAAAGAGACCCCAUGUCCAUUAGCAGCCAGCCCCUCACACCUAUUAGUCUAUUUCCUGUCUGUUUAGAUUUGCUUAUUCUGGAAGUUUCUAUAAACAAAAUUAUACAGUAAAAAAAAAAAAAAAAAUGCAUGCAAACCACUUACAAGAAUGUCUGGCACAGAGUAAGCCCUCAGUAAAUGUGAACUUCCAUUACUAAUAGAGCAUCCCUUAUAAAUCGCCUUGGGGCAGUCGAAUAAGAAAAGAACAACCCUAAUGAGACCAUCCAUGCUUUAUUUACUCUGCAAAGUUUUUGGCAAAGUUUCAGCUCAUCAUCCAUAUUUAAAGUAGAAGCAUUUCAGUUAAACCUCUGGGGUAUCUGACAGCUCUUGAAAAGUGGGGCAGUGUAGGGACAAUCAGCCUGCACUUUCCCAUGGCAGUGUUUGUUCAGAGCUUGGUAGAGACUACACCGCUUUGUAAUGAGUCGUGUGUUUCCUGGUGUGUGGAGAAAUAAAAACUGAGGACCAGGAGUAGAAAAUGCUGGGGACAUUUCAAGGUCAAAGGGCCAAGAAAGGAGGUAGAAAGAGAUUCAAGACAAUGGUGUCGGGGCAAAUAGGUAGGAGAGAGUUUUGAGAAGUAGGGCAUGGUCAAUAUCAUCAGCAUUCUGGAGAGAUCAAAAAAGAAGUGACACUGAUUUAGAAUCAGAGGGCCAAUAAGAGCCCAUAGAGGGGGAGAAAGCUAGUUGGCCUCCAAGAGAAGUGGAUGCACGGAAGCUAAAGUGGGGGUUGCUGACUACUUUUAGGAAAGAUGGUUUAGGAAGAGGAGAUGUAGGAGCAGAGGGAAUAAAAUAGAACAAAAACAGGGGAGACAGGACACAGGAGAGGAUGGAGUCAAGGACAUAGAGAGGAUUACUUUUACCCUAGACAGGAAGAGAGACACUCUGAAACAGGAAGAAAGGAGGUGAAAUGACUUGAUGAAGACUCACCCCUGAUAUUUUCUAUUUUCUCCAAAAACUAGCAAACUCAUUCUGCUGAAUAAAGGAGCUGGUGAAAUGCGAGGGGACGUGAAUGGAGUCAAAGGGUUUGCUGAAGGGAAUGCAGAAGUGAAGUUUCAGCUAAGGUUGAAAAGAUAAAUGUGUACAGAGGACUGAUCCUUCCUGCAGUCUCCCAUCCCCAUGUCAGGAGCCUCAGAACAGAAGCUCGGUGUGGAUUCAUCCUGGGGUGGGUCUUGGUUGGGCCUACACAAACUGACUGUAGAAGGCAAAGGAACUGGAGGGCAUUGUGGGAGGGCCUGUGAAGUGAUCCACGUGGUGGGCAGGCAGAGGGAGGGAAGAGGGAAAGGGCUGAGAAAUUGACAUGGAGGGUGCCAUAACCAGAGGUCUCAUGAGGCAGGCUGGGUUCAGGAGAAGCAAGUAGAGAGUAAGGAUUAGAGUUGAUAAGGGAGUGACCACCCCCCACUGGGUGACCUUCCUGCCUCAGUGUGACUCCACCCGCAGAAGACAGUCCAUUUUCUAGUUGGCUCAAUGAAUAUGUUAGGACCUUUGCAGUGCCAGACUUUGGACUGUCUGCUACAAGACAAGCGUUUCUUUUGAAAGUUGACCUUCAAAGGUAUGAGUCCCGUGUCCGUAAAUAUGUUGUACCAAAGGGACACGACUCAAGGUUUGGCUAACGAGGAAGCUGGGGGCAAAAUCACAGGCUGGGGCAGUAGGUCUUUAACCUGAGGACCAUAGAAGCUAUUGGAGAGGAAGUGAUGAGGUCAGGUUUGUAUUUUAGACAAAGAACGUUGGCACAUCUGUUCUUUUCAGACAUAGGUGAAACGUUUGACUAUGCAGUGGCCACAAAGGAAGCCUCAAUAAAUUCCAAAGAAUCUACAGACUGUAUUCACAAACCACAACGAAGUAAAAUUAAAAAUCAACAACAAAAAGAGAGCCAAAAAGAAACCCAUUCGAUUCACAGAAUAUACCUUAAAUUAGUAACUGAAGUUACUUCUGAGGAGGGAGCCAGGAAGACAAAAUGAUUUGGUUUUUAUCAUGUGCAUCUAUUACUUAAAAUAAAAUUGAA